AUGAGAUUCCUGCAUAACUGCGCUCCGGACUGCGCCACCGGCGGCGUCGCCUGUGACUCCUAUCACAAGUAUCAGGAGGAUGUCAUGCUCCUCGUCGAGAUGGAGGUGGACCGGUACAGGUUCUCGAUUUCGUGGCCCCGGAUCCUCCCGGACGGCACGGCAGGGAACGUCAAUCAAGCCGGGAUCGAUUACUACAACAACCUCAUCGACGCCCUCGUCGCCAACGGCAUCGAACCCCUGGUAACAUUGUACCACUGGGACCUACCCCAAGCCCUCGAGGACCGGGGAGGCUGGCUCAACCCCGAAAGCCAAGACUGGUUCGUGGAAUACGCUAGAAUCUGCUUCGAGGCAUUCGGAGACCGAGCGAAGCUCUGGAUCACCUUCACCCAACCGUGGGAGAUUGCGUGGUUCGGAUACGGCGACGGACAUCACGCCCCGGGCCACAGCGAUGCGCCGGGGGAGAAGACUUACCAGGCUGGUCAUAACAUCCUUCUCGCUCACGCCAAGACUUAUCGGAUGUAUCAGGAGGAGUUCUUCGCUUCUCAAGGCGGUAUGUCUCGGGCGAAAGUAAUUGAGAAUCCAUUCGCAGAAACCUUGUCCCUAUGCGAGGAAACAGAUGCAGGUGGAUAUGUUCUCACCCUUCACAUGACCGAAUUUUUCUUCAUAAUAUUUUUUGGUCGAGUGACGAUCGCGCUGAACAUAAAUCAUCACGAGCCGGCGAACCCGGCGGACCCGGCGGACGCGGCGGCAGCAUCCCGCCGGACGGAUUUCAUGCUGGGCUGGUUCGCGGAUCCCGUCUACUUCGGCGACUACCCGCAGUCCAUGAUCGACAAGAUCGGAGAGAAGAGCGAGGCUCAGGGAUAUCCGGAAUCCCGUCUCCCCGCCUUCACUGCUGAAGAACAGGAGAUGCUGGCCGGCAGUUCCGACUUCUUCGCUCUGAACUUCUACACAUCUACCUACGUCAGAAAUUUUGUGAAUGAUCCUGAAUGCGUCAGUUAUGCAUGCGAUUCCGACACAGAAGUCUUCCCGGAUCCUUCCUGGAAACUCUUGAACUACAUCAAGAACAGAUACGGGAAUCUGGAAGUGAUCAUCACGGAGAACGGGAGCAGCGACCGGGCCGGGAACCUGGACGAUGCCCUCAGGAUCUAUCAGCUCAAACAUUACAUCAACAACAUCCUGAAAGGUUCCUCAAACAAACAAUUAAUAACGUUCUCGAAGGUUCCUGCCAUGUAUCUUUGCCAUACUCCUCGGUUGCUUUUAUUAGCCAUACUCCUUGAUGGGUGUAACGUGACUGGAUACACGGCCUUCUCCCUCAUGGACAGCCUGGAAUGGCCUGCCGGCUUUUCGGAAAAGUUUGGACUGCACUUCGUGGACUUCGAGGACCCAGAGAGGCCGAGGACCCCGAAGGCCUCGUCUCGAUUCUUCAGGCAACUCAUCCGAGAUAACGGAUUCCUGCAUAACUGCGCUCCGGACUGCGACACCGGCGACGUCGCCUGUGACUCCUAUCACAAGAUGUCAGAGGAUGUCAUGCUCCUCGUCGACAUGGAGGUAUCGCGCAUAACGUAUCAGUUCACUCGGGCAUACAUCCUUGUGGACCGGUACAGGUUCUCGAUUUCGUGGCCCCGGAUCCUCCCGGCCGGCACGGGAGACAUCAACCAAGCCGGGAUCGACUACUACAACGACCUCAUCGACGCCCUCAUCGCCGAAGGCAUCGAACCAAUGGUGACCCUGUAUCACUGGGACCUGCCCCAAGCCCUCGAGGACCGGGGAGGCUGGCUGAGCCCCGAGAGCCACGACUGGUUCGUGGAAUACGCUCGAGUCUGCUUCGAGGCAUUCGGGGACCGAGCGAAGCUCUGGAUCACCUUCAACGAACCCUGGGUGGUCGCGUGGAUGGGAUACGGCACUGGGGGAGGCGCCCCGGGCCACAGCGAUGCGCCGGGGGAGAAGACUUACCAGGCUGGUCGUAACAUCCUUCUCGCUCACGCCAAGACUUAUCGGAUGUAUCAGGAGGAGUUCUUCGCUUCUCAAGGCGGUCGAGUGGGCAUCACGUUAAACACGAACUACCACGGACCCUUGAACCCGGCGGACCCGGAGGAUGUGGCAGCGGCAGCCCGCCAGAUGGAGUUCGACCUGGGAUGGUUCGCCGACCCCGUCUACUUCGGCAACUAUCCGCAGACCAUGAUCGACAAGAUCGGAGAGAAGAGCGAGGCUCAGGGAUAUCCGGAAUCCCGUCUCCCCGCCUUCACGGCUGAAGAACAGGAGAUGCUGGCCGGCAGUUCCGACUUCUUCGGUCUGAAUACCUACACGUCGUCUUACGCGAACAAUUUGGUACACGAUUCGGAGUGUGUCAGUUAUGCAUGCGAUUCCGACACACAAAUCUCUUCGGAUCCUUCCUGGUAUGGAACGGGAUCGGAUUGGCUGAAAUUGUAUCCGCAAGGGAUGAGAAAACUCUUGAACUACAUCAAGGACCGGUACGGGAAUCCGGAAGUGAUCAUCACGGAGAACGGGAGCAGCGACCGGGCCGGGAACCUGGACGAUGCCCUCAGGAUCUACCAGCUCAAACAUUACAUCAACAACAUCCUCAAAGGUUCCUUCACUCCAUCUGUUCCGGUGCUGUUGGAUGGAUGCAACGUGACUGGAUACACGGCCUGGUCGCUCAUGGACAAUCUGGAAUGGUCCUCUGGCUUCUCGCAGAAGUUUGGACUGCACUUCGUGGACUUCGAGGACCCAGAGAGGCCGAGGACCCCGAAGGCCUCGUCUCGAUUCUUCAGGCAACUCAUCCGAGAUAACGGGUUCAUCGAGGAGAACCUUUGCGAAUAUUGAGCCUGAAUCCAAUAAACUGCUCACGCUAUCGAAUACCUAA